AGAGCGCACAGCUUCUGUGGACAGUUCCGUGGUGCUGAAAUCUCCCGCACACACACACAGAGUUCCACUUCGCCACUCUCUCUCUCUGUCUCGCGCUUGCACCAUGACAGGGAGCAUGGACGGGACCCCGUGGAAACUUUUUCUACUUUCUUGCCUGCUUCUCGUGGGAACCUGCUGCGCGCAGGACUUCGGACAGACGCAGUUUAUUUGCACGUCGGUGCCCAAGGAUAUGGACCUGUGCACGAUGCAGAACAGCGGGCCCGCGGAGGACCUGAAGACCACGGUCAUGCAGCUGCGCGAGACCGUGCUGCAGCAGAAGGAGACCAUCAUGAACCAGAAGGAGACGAUCAGGGAGUUAACGUCCAAGCUGAGCCGCUGCGAGAGUCAGAGCUUCCCCGCAGCGGCGGCGGGGGGAGCCGGCGGGAGGCGGCCGGGGGCGAAGAACACGAUGGGGGAUGUAUCCCGGGGAACCAUGGACACUCUGGCACAGCUGGGACAGACUUUACAGACGCUCAAACAGAGACUGGAGAAUCUGGAGCAGUACAGCCGCGGUAACGGCAGCGCGCAGGCGAACAGCCUGAAGGAUCUGCUGCAGAACAAGAUCGACGACAUGGAGAAGCAGGUUCUGUCCCGGGUCAACACGCUAGAGGAGAACAAGCCGGGCACCCGGAACGACACGGACCAGCGGAACCGGGUCGAGUCCACGCUCACGUCCCUGCACCACCGGAUUACAGACCUGGAGAAAGGUAAAGAAACUCGACCCACAGAUAAGUUCCAGCUCACGUUCCCUCUGAGAACAGACUACAUGUACGCCAAAGCAAAGCGGAGUCUGCCUGAGAUGUACACGUUCAGCGUGUGUCUGUGGAUCAAGUCCAACGCGUCCCCCGGCGUGGGGACGCCCUUCUCCUACUCUGUGCCGGGUCAGGCCAACGAGCUGGUGUUAAUCGAGUGGAGGAACAACCCCAUGGAGAUCCUCAUCAAUGACAAGGUUGCAAAGCUGCCGUUCAUCAUCAACGACGGGAAGUGGCAUCACCUCUGCAUCACGUGGACGACGCGUGACGGGAUGUGGGAGGCUUUUCAGGACGGAGUGUUGAGAGGCAGCGGCGAGAACCUGGCGCCGUAUCACCCCAUCAAACCAGAGGGAGUUCUGGUCCUGGGACAAGAGCAGGACUCGUUGGGCGGCGGCUUCGAUGCGACGCAAGCCUUCGUCGGAGAGCUGGCGAACUUAAAUAUGUGGAAUAGGAAACUUUCCAUCAGCGAGAUCUACAACCUGGCGACCUGCAACAGCAAAGCACCGGCCGGGAACGUGUUCUCCUGGACGGAGAGCAGCAUCGAGAUAUUCGGCGGAGCGACCAAAUGGCCGUUUGAGCCGUGUCGCUCGCUCAACUGAACUUUGUGUCGGCGCUCACAAAAAAAAAGAAAUAGAAAAAGGCCUCUCUGUAUUUCUGAGCUUUUGUCGUUCUUGUCUUCAUUUUGACGUUUGUUAGAGACUACACUUGAUUUGUUAUUGGUAAGCUUAAAAAAGAAAAAAAAUCUGGGAUUUCUUAUCAUUCUUAAGUAUUUACGUGCAAAAAAAAACAACGAGCUUUUUCAUCACGAGAGGGUUGAGGAGGAAAAAAAUUAACUAAACUUGUCUUUGGAACCUCGGAGGGAAAGUUUCAAUAUCUGUUAUUUUUAUUUUUUUCUGAUGUUCAGUUAAAAGCACAUUGAAGCUUUUUUUUGUCCUUUUUGGCUUAUUCUGCCUCCGACAGGCAGCUGGCAAAACUGCAGCCUUAUGUUUGGACGAUUCAGAGUCCGAGUGAGGAACCCACACACGCACUCCACUGGAGAGUGGCAGAUUACGCUGUCCGUCCAAUUCUUGUCCGCGUUUUUUGGCACAUGGAAGUGAUAUAUUGAGGUGGUACAUGCUACCUGCGAGCCCCCGAUUUCCCCCCCCUUUACUUCCCACUUUCCCCCCGACUUUUUUCCGGAACAUGCACUGUGACUGAUGAGGAGGAGGAGGGAACGUCGUUUGAAGGACACUGCAAAGUCAGACUGUGGUAUCAUUUGCAAUCAUCGUUCGCUUCACGUGGUUCUGUACGAAUGUCGUUAAACUUGCCAACAUUGCUACAAAGCCUGGGUGCCUUGGGCUGGUACAAGUAUUCAGCACAUUUACUAUGUUUUCAGUUGCAAAUUCAGAGUGUUUGUUGUUUUGUUUUCUUCUUCUUCUUCUUCUUCUUCUUCCCUGAACUGGUUUGAGUUUCUUGUUUCUCUGGUUAAAUGUGAUUUGAUUCUAGUUUGUUUGUUCGUUUUUUUUUUUUUAACCCUGAUACGAUGUGUUUUGGCAAGUGUUUGUACUACUCUGUAUUAGGAAUGUUACAGUAUCUGUAUAGUAACAGCAUGAAUGACAGAGUGCUGUGAAAAAGCAUUGUUCGAAUCUGCUUUACUAUCUUCUCUGGGUCUGGGUUUUUUACUGUAUUGUUAUAAUGCUCCAAGCAUGGCAAAAACUGAGAGAUGAAGAAUUUAAUUUUUGUAAUAAAAUUGUGAUACUUAACGUCA